AUGAGAGGUAGAAAAUUCACGUAUUUUAAUGAAAAUGGUAACAAACACAACAAGAUUGAUAGAGUUCUGGUUUGUCACGAGUUCCUUACAGAGUGGCCGGUUGCUUGCCUUCGGGCGAUGCCGAGGUUUCUUUCGGAUCAUUGUCCUCUUAUUCUGACAUGCUCAGAUAAAAACUUUGGUCCCAAGCCAUUUAGAGUCUUCAACUCUUGGUUAGAGAGAAAGGAUUUUGACGAAGUGGGUAUUAAGACGUGUGGGAAUUUUGUCGGGGAUGGGGAACCAGAUGUACUUUUAAUGAAGAAGUUGAAGGAGAUUAAGGAGAGCAUUAAAAUAUGGAAAAAAGAAGUUUUAUCCAAGAAAGGGGAAACGGAGAUCAUGCUUAAAGAGGAAUUAGAAAUUCUAGAUGUUUUGUCGGAGGAUAGAGCUCUCUCCGAAGAGGAGGAAUGGGCUAAAAUAGAAUGCUUAAAAGAUCUUAAAGAGAUAGAAAGUUACAAAUCAAAGAUCUUAAAUAAAGAGCCAGAGUGUCUAUCGGAGUUGGAUGCGGCGUCUCUGAUGGUCCCAUUCAGCAAAGAAGAAAUCAAAUAUGUUGUGUUUGAAUGUGGAUCGGACAAAGCCCCUGGGCCGGACGGUUUCGACUUCAAAUUCAUUAAAAGCAAAGGCUCUAUUUCGGUGGGAUGUAGCUCCUCCUUCAUCACUCUUAUUCCGAAGAAUAAGGAUCCGGUGGGCCUGAAAGAGUACCGACCGAUAAACCUGAUUGAGGUGAUAAGCAAAACCAUUUAUAAGAUUCUAGAAAAUCGCCUCAAAGUGGUUAUUGGAUCUAUCAUUACGGAGAAUCAAACGGCGUAUGAUAAUGUCAAUUGGAGUUUUCUUUUAGACAUAAUGAGGCAAAUGGGUUUUCUGGCUCUUUGGUGUAAAUGGAUCAAAGGAAUUCUAGUUUUGGCUAGAUCCUCGGUUCUUUUGAACGGAUCACCUACUUUAGAAUUCAACUGUUCCAAAGAGGUCAGACAGGGUGAUCCGUUAUCCCCAUUCCUGUUCCUUUUGGUCAUGGAAGGUUUAUCAAACAUUUUGGACAAAGCUAGGUGCGAAGGGCUAUUAAAAGGGAUACAAACUUCUAAUAACGGUCCGGCGCCGGUUGGGGUUAUUAAGAAUCUUGAAGCCAAAAUGAGAAAGUUCCUUUGGGUGGGGUCUAGCAGUGUUAAUAAAAUGAACUGGGUGGCUUGGGAUUGGGUUACUUGGCCUAAAAAUAAAAGAGGAUUGGGUAUUAACAGGCUCAUUGAGGUCAAUGAGGCUCUUCUUGUUAAAUGGGGAUGGAGGUAUACGGUUGAAAACCAUAAUCUUUGGUGUAAAGUGGUGGAAGCUUGUCAUGGUAAGGUCAACCAUUGGAGCUUCCUUCCGGUUAACGGUAACAUCGCAGGGUGCUGGAAAAACGUGUUCAAAUUUGGCAGGGUUACAGAGAGACUUGAAGUGGACCAAGGAAAUGGAGGAUUUAAAUGGCAAUGGUCUAGACAGCCAGAGUCCGAAGAGGAGUUAAAAGAGUGGCAGAAGUGCAUGAAGGUUCUUAGCCCUGUCAGACUUUCCAGCGAUAAGGACAAGUUGUACCGGUUUGAUGAUAAUCAGGAUGGUUUCUCGGUGAAGUCGGUUAAAAAGACUUUGAUCAAGGAAAGAGAUACUUGUCACCCUCCCAAUUUUAUAUGGUGUAAAUAA